UCUCGCAUUGUCACGUUUUUACACGGAUAUUAGACACUUCAAAAUGGCGAUGUUUUGGGUGUGUGUUACGUGGGCACUUCUGUUGACAACUGUCAACUGCAGAAACUACAAGGAAGGCGAAGGGGUCCAGCUUUAUGUGAACAAAGUUGGUCCUUACUUCAACCCCCAUGAAACAUAUCACUACUACCAACUACCUGUGUGUCGACCCGUUAAGAUUGAACAUAAGAGCCUUACCUUGGGUGAAGUUUUGGAUGGCGACCGCAUGGCAGUAUCAUUGUAUGGGUUGAAUUUUAAACGUGAUGCAGAUAAGAAGGAGUUGUGUAAAGUCAUGUACUCGGAAACUGACCUCAACUUGCUGAGGAAUGCCAUAGAGGAUCUAUACUACUUUGAAUUUGUUAUAGAUGACAUUCCUAUCCGAGGGUUUAUUGGGCAUCUGGAGGAAGGUGGUUUUCUGCCCCACAACCACAAGAUCUACCUGUGGGCACAUCUCCACUUCAAUGUGGAGUACAAUGGAGAAAAUGUCAUCUAUGCCAACGUGUCCACCAAGGAACAGCCGCCCGUGUCUCUUGAUUCCGUCACCACGCCAUUUGAAGUAGCCUUCACCUACAGUGUCAAGUGGCAUGCAACAAAUUUGAAAUAUGAAGAGAGAGGGAAAAGACUUCGUGACAACAGCUUCUUCCCCAAGACAUUGGAGAUCCACUGGCUAUCUGUCAUAAAUUCUAUAGUGCUGGUGUUUCUACUGAUUGGCUUUGUGGUCAUCAUAUUGACACGUGUUCUGAAGAGUGACUUUGCUCGCUACAACCUGGAUGAGGAUGACAGCGAGGAUCUGGACCAGGACGACAAUGGCUGGAAGAUUAUACAGACUGAUGUGUUCCGCUUCCCUGCUGCCAAGAAUCUCUUCUGUGCCAUCCUAGGCGUGGGAAGUCAGUUCCUGUGUCUGGCAGCUGGUAUCCUCAUGAUGGCACUGAUGGGAAUGUUCAACGUACAUCGCCAUGGCGCCAUCAACUCUGCGGCCAUCGUCCUCUAUGCCUUCACUUCAUGCAUCAGUGGCUACGUGUCCACCAACUUCUACAAGAGGAUGGGCGGCGACAACUGGGUGUGGAUCAUCAACCUGACAUCAGCCCUGUUUGCUGUCCCCUUCUUCCUUGUGUGGUCCUUCAUCAACUCGGUGGCGUGGGCAUACGGAACAACACAAGCCCUUCCCUGGACCACAGUCGUCAUGCUCAUGGCACUCUGGCUCUUCAUCGGUUAUCCUCUGACAGUCAUUGGUGGAAUAUUUGGGAAAAACUGGGCAAAUGGGUUUGAUGCACCAGUGAGGACGAAGAAUAUAUCUCGGGAGAUUCCAUCCGUGCCGUGGUACAGGUCUGCCUUCGCCCACUGUGUUGUUGGAGGAUUCCUGCCCUUCAGUGCUAUAUCUGUGGAGCUCUACUACAUAUUUGCUACUCUAUGGGGUAGAGAGCAAUACACCUUGUUUGGCAUUCUGUUCAUUGUGUACGGGAUACUGCUGAGUGUUACUGCAUGCAUAUCCGUGGCCUUGACCUACUUCCAACUCUCAGCAGAGGACUAUCGAUGGUGGUGGAGGUCAAUCUUUAGUGCUGGAUCGACCGGUGUGUUCGUGUUUCUGUAUGCCCUCUUCUACUACUUCAAGCGGUCCAAUAUGUCCGGCAUGCUGCAGACUGUGGAGUUCUUUGGCUACACAAUGCUGGCCUGCUUUGUAUUUUUCCUCAUGCUUGGAACGGUCUCCUUCUUUGCUUCGCUCAAAUUUGUCCGUUACAUAUACGUGAAUCUCAAGAUGGAUUAAUGUUUGGUUGUCAUUUUAACAUGAGGUGGGUGUUGAGGAUGCAGAUGUUGACUCCGAGGAGUGAAAGGGUCGGAUUAUGUGGAGAUGUGAAUUAAUCUGUAUAAGGGGUAGAAUAGUGUGGGACUCGGAGCUCUCCAGCUUAUUGUUAUGUCUAUUAAGUUUUCUUCCAUGAUGUUAUUCUUUGCAUUUAACGAAUAUUUUAUUAACUGCGGUAUUGUGAUAUGAGAAGUGUGUUUAUGUAAAAAUGAGAGAGUUAACAUCUGUAGGCAUAUAUAUUCUAUGAAGUUAUGGGGUGAUAAGCUUUGGGAAAGUCAUUAUAAUAAAUAAAUACUGGUAAGUGGAAUCCAAACACAGCCAUGAAUGCAAUGAAUGGAUAGCUGAUGAUGUUUUUGUACACUGUUUAGACCCAGAUCUUUCUCGUUCUAAAUGUAUUGAAGUAUGUGUGGACCUAGCACUAGCAGUCUUGUGACCAGUUUCCAUCAAUGUCAAGAUUUUGUGAUGAUCAUUCAUGAUGUAUUGAUAUUUUUUGUUGUGACUGAAAGCUGAUAAAAACAUUAUGUAUCCCUACUCUCUCACUAAUGAACAUGUUAUCACACAGAACCCUUGUUCAGAUAUGGCAGAAUAGGUCCUUUUACCUGCAUUAGUAGGUUCUCAUGAUGUAGUUAAUGUUACUGACAACAGUCAAAAAACCCUUUCACUUACUCACUUUCUGGUGGCCCAGUAGUUCAAGGUGCCAUAAUUCCCUGAACAGAGUUGCUUCCCUUAGUUGCCAGGAUCUGCUUGUCAUGGAUUUGAAAUCCAGAUUAACCCAACUAUGAUCCUUGUUAAGCCAGCACCAUACCAAUUUCACCAUACUCAUUGGUUUCAGCAGUGUUCUUAAUGCCUGCCGCGACUUGGCUCUUAUGCAAUUUCCUCAAACAUUAAGCUGACAUGCCAUGAUAAAACUGAAAAACUGUUCCAAAUGGUGUUUAGCCAAUUCACUCACUCACACUCUCAGCAGUCCAGGAGACCAAAUUCCACAUCUGGCUGCUGAAACAUCAUUCAAAUAAUGAAACCAAAUGAUGUGGCUACUUCCAAUGGAGUCCACCAGUUCCCCUGUAGCUGCUAGGUUAAAGGGGUUGUGAGAUGGUGGCUGCACUAAGCUUGGUGAAACCUUGAUGGUUGUGCUUGCUGGUGAUUGUGUUCAUAGACUGCUCAUCAUCCAUCGUCACCAAUGUUUCAUCAUAAAUGUGUUUGAAUUUGUUGAUUACCCCAUGACGUAUCAAUCUCAGUUAUGUGUAUUAGUGACAGAAUGAGUCAAAUCCAUAUUUUUCAUAUUUUUAUUAUUCACAAGUUGUGAAUACAAUGUUAAGCCUUACAAUAAUGUAGUUAUUUGUUUAUUCGGUGUUUGAUCCAAGAUGAGAAACUGAUUUUAUGAACAAAUUAACAUGAUUAAGUUAUGGCAACAUAUUUGUGAAAGACUUCAAUUUGCUUUCAACACAAUCUAUUUUUCUUAACCAACAGGUUAUGACAGAUAUGCAUAGUGCUCAGAGAUUAGACUUUACAUGAGUCUGAGUAGACAUACAUGUGGCCAAUGAAGCCAUUAUGCAGUAAAUGUCUUGUUGAAAAUAAGCAAAGGGAGGCAGAAAGAGGCUAGUAAUCAACUUUUUGUGUUGCAUCUUCCUGAGGCAAGGCCGUUAACUGACAGUAAAAGUCCAGUUUCCACCCUUGCUGAACUAGGCUGGAGUUUCUGGGCUGGAUCGUAGUGCCAUCAGUAGCUAUUAUGAGUUAUGUCCCUUCUAUGUCCUUCCUACUGACCAAUCAGAUUCUACCUCUCAUGUAGCUUACAUUUGCUUCAAACAAAAUAGCAGCACCCAGUCAAGACGAUAAGAACGAUAAUGAAAUCUAUAGUGUAAUAAAAUUGGUUUUACUUUGCCAAGUGCAUCAAAUCACGUGAUUAAAAACAUGAAACGAUUUGGAAAAUAUCAGUAGACGCCAAGUUGGUAGUACACAUGAUUUGCAAAUCCUGCAGUCGACCGAAAUCUGCAUGGCAGUUUAAGAACCAGAUGUCGAUUUUGUUACACAAUUUUGAUUGGACUAUGCAUGGACUUGUUAGUCCAGUCAAAAUAUAACUCCAUAAUUCCAGCCCAGUUCGGCAAGGGUGUAAACUGGACUUUUAUAGUCAGUUAACUCACUAGUCUCCGGAACAUGUUUGUGUUGUGACCCUCAAGUUUAUGUGAGAUGAGGGUAGUCAAGGGUGAAGAAUUGUAGGAUAGUUAAUACAUCAAUAAAUAUAAAUGUGUAUCUCUGUAUUAUAUGCCACAGAUAGUUGGAAUGCAUUCUUUUGGGGGAAAAUAGCGAUCUUUUAUCCAGUGAACUGUUAACACGUCAGUUUCACUGCAAAACGGGGGUUCCGAGUUUGAAUGCAUUCUUUUGGUGGAAACUAGCGAUCUUUUAUACACUGAGCUGUCAAACACUUCAGUUUCUCUGCAGGUGAGAUCCUGACUGAAUCGAGCAGGAGAGAACAAACUUAGUUAAAACAUCAAUGUACCUGUACAUUUUGUGGUGUAAGUUUACUGGAUGGUUAAUACAAGUUGUUAAUAUGACAGGUGUGAUUCAAAGAUAUUUUGUGGAAAUUACAAACAAAAUUUACCAUGAAGACUUUUUAUGAGAUUGAUGGUAAACAGUGUUUUGUACUUCGAGAUACUAGAAUUUGUGGCACCGACUUACCUCUUUCCCUAACAUUUGCUUGUUUAGUUUGUUUUGCUUUUGAAUGCUUCUGUUUGUGAAGCUGAAAACCUGUGUACCUGUGAAAGUGAAGUGUAAGAAUUGUUUUGUCACAACACUGCUGUUAAUAUUCCACAUAGCAUUGUACCAUUGCUUUAUCCAAGAGACAUAGGCUACAUUGACAUGUCUGAAUACAUAUGUAUCUGAUUCACUAGUAUGUCUGACAAUCGAUAGGAUUCAACAUGGAGUUAUGACCCUAGGUAUUGAAUUCAGUAAACUGUUAGAACUAUUUAUGAUCACUUCGCAUUUUUCUUUUGUCUACACUUUUAUACAUCUCCCCUCAGUUAAUUUCCAUAGGUCAUAGUGGUGACCAAUGGGAUCGGGUGGUCAGCUUGCUGACUUGGUUGAUGCAUUUCAUCGUAUCCGAAUGGCAUGGAUCAAUGCUCAUGCUGUCAAAAACUGGAUUGUCUUGUCCAGACUCGAUUAUUUACAGACCACCGUCAUAUAGCUGAAAUAUUGCUGAGAGAUGCGUUAAAAAAACAUCCAAUUUCCAUAUGUAAUAUUAGUUAUCUUCUUUGGUUUUUUUAAAACUUUUUUAAUCACCAUCUGCAUUGCUUCCUUUACAAAGGGAGGUAAUUGUUUCUGCCAUCAUGAAAAACUAGUAGAAACGCAUUAUCAAGCAGACGGUCACAUAAUCUGAUGGGAUUGUUUGGUGAAGAAAUAUUUCAAGUUUAAGGAGUGGUAUAAAUGUAUGGUUUUUACUUAUAAAUUUUAGAGGGCAGUACACUAUUUAUGUCCAAAGGGAUUAAUAAUCAUGUAUAAAGUUCAUUACUAUGUUUCACUAGCUGAAAUCCAGGUUUUGGGUAUGUCAUAAUGGCAACUUUAAUUACCGGUACUACUUGAGCCAGUGGCCUAAGAUGCUACAUUUUGUUAUGCAGAGUUAUGCCCCUUAGCUGCUACCAUGUUUAGCUGACAAAAUCUAACAAAACUAUUGUUAGAACAGCAUUAAUCCUACUUCGCUCAACACCACUGAGACUGGUGAUAGUCAUAGGAUUGCAUGGGAGGGCUGCUUGACACCUUGUGGGCCAGAGGAGAAUGUUACUUACAUUGGUAGGUAGGUAUUCAUCCUUGGGCCUCUACUGCUGUAGUUUCCCUUCUAAUAUGAGAAAUAUCACAAGAGUUGCAUAUUGCAAAUAUUCAUCAGAAUGCCUAAACAAACUACAACGAUGGGAGAUUUACAUCAGUUCUUCCACUGCCUUCUUGGAAUGGCUCGAGACUACUCAACGUGAUCAAAAGUUGAGUAGUACAAUUUCCUUACUACUCACUUGAACAUGCUGCUUCUGCCUUGGAGGUAUUGGGGAACUAUUGGUAUUCAGUAACUACAUGUUCUAAGACAAGAACAAAGAGUGUGUUCCACUGAACACCAACCAAUCUCCAGAUCUCCACAAAUGUAAAUAGGCUGGGACUUUGGGUGUACAUUUUCUUCCAAUCAUUAUGACUUUCUAUUUAAUUCCAUUAGUUUAUCAUAAUUUCCUCAUACCCAUUGCCAUCACAAAUGCCUGUAUAUCACUGAGGUUGUACAUAUUUACAUUGGAGGGGUUACUCAAGUGUUCCUUUCAGAACCUUGUCUAGUAUCACUAGAAAAAAAACAACUGUGUUUACAUCAUGGUAACUUAUUAUUGUAUAUAUCAAUAAAGUCUGUUCCAAAUAGA